UUCGCGACUAGUUCGCGAGAUCACAACAUUUAGUGAUAACUUAGAUUUAUUUUUUUAGUAUAACAAGUGACGAUUUCCAGAAAUUUAGCAGGGCAAUAACAUUUAAUCCCACAUAAUUUUAUUGUAAAACACACAAUACGUAAUCGCUGCUAAUUUUAUCUGUGUGAUGCAAGAGGUUUUGAUCUUAGAGAAACACGAAGGUCCAUGCGUCCAGACAUUGCUUAGUUAGUCUGUGUGCUGCGCAUGGCGGCUUACAUCAAUCGCACUCUUAUGUCAGGAGACGGACCAGCAAUUAGAGGUCCUGUUCUAUCUUCCGAUAUGAAGUACAAGGAUUGCUCACCAUUACAGACUUUUGUCAGUGCCAAAAGGAAAAUCAAUGAUAUAUUUGUUGAAAUCAGUGAUUUUGUGCAGGAAACAGCUAAAUAUGUUGAAGCAAUUGAUAGAGAUGAAAAAAUAAUUCAUAAGCCAGAGGUUGAACUAGUGAGUGGCUAUGUGUCAAAGGUCAGAGCAAUUCAGGACAUACUGUCCAGGAAUCACAUGAAAGUCGUUUUCUUUGGGCGAACAAGUAAUGGUAAAAGCAGUGUAAUCAAUGCUAUGCUUCGAGACAAAGUUCUUCCAAGUGGCAUUGGGCAUACAACCAACUGUUUUUUGCAAGUUGAAGGCUCUGACAAUGGCGAAUCUUACCUAGUAACGGAAGCAAGCCCUGAAAAGCAAAACGUUAAGUCUGUUUCAAACUUGGCGCAUGCAUUGUGUGAAGAAAAGCUGAACGAGAACGAGCUUGUACGCGUUUUCUGGCCAAGAGAUAAAUGUCUCCUCCUUCGUGAUGAUGUUGUUUUAGUUGAUUCACCAGGGAUUGAUGUCACUCCUAAUCUGGAUGACUGGAUUGACAAACACUGUCUUGAUGCUGAUGUCUUCGUUCUUGUUGUCAAUGCAGAGUCAACGCUCAUGGUCACUGAAAAGAAUUUCUUUCACAAAGUGUCGACAAAGCUCUCCAAGCCGAAUAUAUUCAUUCUUAAUAACCGGUGGGAUGCCUCUGCAUCAGAACCAGAAUUUUUAGAGCAAGUUCGAGCCCAACACACGGAGAGAGCGGUAGAUUUCCUGACAAAAGAACUGAAAGUUUGCUCAGCAAAAGAGGCCAAGGAAAGGAUUUUCUUUGUCUCGGCUAAAGAAGUGCUCCAGGCCAGAUUGCAGGAACAGAAAGGACAGCAGCUACAUAGUGGUGCCUUAGCAGAAGGAUUCCCUACAAGAUACCUGGAGUUUCAAGGAUUUGAGGAAAAAUUCGAAGAAUGUAUUUCAAAGUCUGCCAUACAAACCAAGUUCCAUCAGCACUCAAAGAGAGGGAAACUGGUUGCAGAUGAUGUAAAGAAUGUAAUGGAAACCGUCCACGAACGGGCGCAACAACAAAAAACAGAGCUAAUGAAUAAGAAGAAAGAAGUCAAUGAUAAACUGAAUCACACUGAGCAACAAGUGCAGUUGAUCACAAUUGAAAUGAAGAAGAAAAUUCAUCAUAUGGUCGAAGAUGUGGAAGAAAAGGUGUCCAAGGCCCUGUACGAAGAAAUUAGGCGAUUAAAUGUCUUGGUGGAUGAGUUCAAUCAACCAUUCCACUCAGAUCCUUUGGUUUUGAACGUGUACAAAAAAGAGCUUCACUCUCAUGUUGAAAGUGGCCUUGAUAGCAAUUUGCGAGGACGCCUUUCAACUGCUUUGGCAAUGAACAUUGACAACAGUCAGCGCGAAAUGACAGAUCGAAUGGCUUCCUUACUACCUCCUCAAAAGAAGCAGCUUUCCAUGACUGUGCUGCCGAAGCGGGAACCAUUUGAAAUCUUGUAUAGGAUCAAUUGUGAUAAUUUAUGCUCCGAUUUCAAAGAAGACCUUGAGUUUAGAUUCUCCUGGGGCAUCGUGUCCCUCAUACAAAGAUUUGUCGGAAACAAGGACAAAGCAAAUGCAAUCGCCCUCCAGAAUUACAACUAUACACCAAUGGUUUCAACACCUCCUGCAAUUCAACCAAGCAACAUGCACUCUACAAUUCCUUUCAUUGACUCCUCCAUGUCGGCAGAUGAUUGGUCAGUCAUUUCUCGUUUAGCCAUGUUAUCAUCCAUCGGGUCUCAAAGUACAAUGGGUGGACUUCUUAUCGGAGGAGUUCUGCUGAAAACAGUCGGAUGGAGAAUAAUUCUAGUCACUGGAGCAGUUUACGGUUGCUUGUAUCUCUACGAAAGAUUAACAUGGACCAACAAAGCUAAAGAGCGCCUGUUUAAGCGACAGUAUGUAGAUCAUGUUUCCCGAAAGCUUGGUGUUAUCGUAGACUUAACAUCUGCUAAUUGUAGUCAUCAAGUUCAGCAAGAGCUUGUGAGAACGUUCGCUCGCUUGUGCCAACUGGUCGACGAAACAACAACUGAACUCCGUGAUGAAAACAACACGUUGACUGAAAGAUUAGAAUACUUAGAAACAGCGGCAAGUGCAACUAAAAUUCUUCGUAAUAAGGCUAUUUACGUCGCUAAAGAGUUGGCCAUGUUUGAUGAUGCUUAUCUUGGCGGCUCCCAGUGAAAUUUGCACUGUGCUAGAAUUUAGUUACCCCUAGUCCGUUGCCAACCUUUCGAAACAAUACUAACACCUGAGCAAAAUCUAGUUGUUAACCUAGUUGUUAUUUGUUAUCCUUGGUUUUGAAGUACCUACCUAGCCUCGCUUCUGUCUCACAGGUUAGUGUUAUUAUUUUAUUAUCUGGUAAAGUCCCUGAUUUUAGUUGAUCCAAUUUUUGAUUGUCCAAUCAAAUAAUUAACCUCAAAGUCGAUUAUUUUUUUUCUCCGUUUUAGGAUAGACUUCUGUUCAGUUUGAGUAAAUACAUUGUGUUUCAAACGUU